AUGGCCAUUGAUACAGUCCCCCGCGGCGACGUCCGCGCAACCCUGAACUUCUAUGCCGCGCCACCGGACAACUCUACCCCCUACAACACAAUCAACCCGGAAGGCCCCCCCGGCAGGAACUACGGCGACAGUCCCACAGAGACCCUCCUCCAUGACAUCCGCGGCCGCGAGUCCGACUUCAACCUCGACCGCGACGCCUUUGCCGUCAUCCGCAACCUCCCGCCCUCGUCCGAGAAGGACUUCGUCGAUGACGACUCCGUCAAGCAGAAUUACUACCCGGAGCUCGAGAAGCUCCUCCUCGAACACGUCCCAGGUAGCAACCGCGUCAUCUUCUUCGACCACACCAUCCGCCGUGCCGACCCAAAAGCCCUCCGGAAUCCCGUCACCCGCGUCCACAUCGACCAGACACCGGUUUCCGUGAUCCAGCGCAUCAAGAGGCACCUGCCAGAGGAGGCCGACAAGCUGCUCGCGGGCCGUUACCGCAUCAUCAACGUCUGGCGCCCGCUUAACAAGAACCCCGUCGAGUCAUUCCCGCUCGGCUUCGCGUCGUCCUCGACCCUGGCUGACGAGGACAUUGUGCCCAUCGAGCACCGGUAUACCACAGGGUACACCGGCCAGACAGCGGGUAUUAAGUUCAGCCCGGAUCAGAAGUGGUACUACUUGAGCGGCAUGACGGGCGACGAGCGGCUGUUGCUUGAGUGCUUCGACAGCGAGGGUCUUCGUGACGGUACUGGGGUCUCAGGUGGGCGAUUGGCUCAUACCGCCUUUGAAGAUCCAAGGACUAGGGCUGACGCUGAGGGUCGCCAGAGCAUUGAAGUUCGCGCACUGGUCUUUGGGCCUUGA